AUGGAUCUUUCAUGGUGUAUCAUCUGCGAUCGUCACUGUAUUGACAAUAACCUCUACUGCUCUGAAUCUUGUCGUUUCCAAGACAACACAGAUCACCACCAACGCUCUGAAAUCAAUAAGCCAACUCACACCACCGACUUGUUCAAGUCGACACCUUCUCUCGUAUCUCCUCCUGCAUCUCCUGUGCUUGCUCCAUUUCUAUACUCAUUCCAACCUUCCUACGAUCGUCGUCGCUCUACAUCAGCUGGCACCAUGAUGCAUGCCACUACCACCACAUCCACUCAUACAAACUACCAAUACUACCCCUAUCAAUUCACGCCAAGCUCUCCUUCUGAAUCGUCGCUCUUUGCUGAUGAUACAUAA